AUGGACAACAGUUGGGACCUUUCAUCUCCUCAACAAGGAAGAUAUACCUUAUCCACUCAUAUCAACCAUGAAAUAAUACCACCUAUUACGUCUUCAAAAACAAUACCAAACCACAGAGUGGAUAAGUUCCGAAACAAAAAACUUUCUGCUGAGGAAAUCAAGCCUAUUACAAGAUCAGAAUCGGCAUCAUCAUUUGGAAUAUCUCUUAAAGUGGCAAAUUACGGUAGAAAUUCUGUACAAUCAUUUUCUUCAUCAGGCAGUGUUGGUGCAACUUCCAAAUCCUUCUCUUCAUCCUCCGAAAAACGACCCAACACAGCACCAACACGACAACCAGUAUAUGAAAAGAAAGUUUCUUUUACUGAAGCACAGAGCGAUGGUAGAAACCAUAGCAGUACGAGUAGACCUACAACCACAACUUCAGCACAAAAAAAAGGAAGAAGAACACCAACAAUCUCUCCCAACUUUGUAGACUAUAAGAGAUUUGUUAAACCUUUUUCUGAAUCCAAAUCAACAACCACUGCCUCUAGUAAUAAUACUCCUCAAGGACAAUAUGUAUCUAAUGGAACGAUGAGUAGUGGAAAAAUGAAAGCCCUUUCUGUGGAAAUGGAAGUACAUCUUUUGGAAAAUAUUGAACGAUUGAAAGAAAUAGAAGAGAAUGAAUUUGUUUUAAGACAACGAUACAAACAAUUAUAUUCUGAUACAUUUGACGAAAUUAUUAAAGUUUGUCCAUUUGGAAAAUUAUUACGAGUAAUUAAGGAUGCCUAUGACAAGGAUGCACUCAUUGCGGACAAGGCACAAGAAAAGCAACAUUAUGACGAGCUUGUGAUAUUAUACACCAAUGCACAAAAUAACUUGUCACAAAUUGAAAAGGAAUUCAAAUUAUUACAAAAAGAAAAUAUUCAAUUGAAGAGUGAACUCAAAAAACAAAAGAGUGAUUGCCAAAGAUACAAAACUGAGAUUGAAAGACUUACACAAUUACAAGCUGAUAUUGUAUCCAAUGUCAAACCAGAGUUGAGAAAUUUAUUGAACAAGAAAGAAAAGACACAAAACACUUCAAGGUCUUCAAUACAAGGCUUAACCUCACUAAAACGAAAUAACACAUCACCCAAAUCAUUGAGACCAGAGACAUCUGCUAAAUCGAGAUUAUUCAAUCAAGACAAGGACACCAUGGAGAGCGAUACAAAAGAAUUGAAAGAAAGAGAUAGAUUAUUUGAACUUGAAAGUGAAUUGACAAAAACCAUUUUAAAAGAAAGAGAGUUGACGAGAGAAAUUGCCCUGAUCAACCUUGAGAGAGAAAAAGAUGAAGUAAAACUUGUAGAAAAGAAAGAAGAGAAAUCAGAUAGCACAUCACUCGAGUUCAACGAAGAAAACAACAUGGAUGGCUUUUCACAAGGAAUUUCCAGACAAUCAUCCAUGAACAAUAUGCAACCAACAUCUCAAGGAGACCAAAAGGAAGGCUCGAGUAUUACGAGCUCAAUAGAAGACGAGGAAAGCUCUAGCUCAUUGCGAGAAAAGCUCUUGCGAACGGCAAGACAACAACGAUUGCAGGAGAGUGUGGCUCAAGAUCUUGACUAUACUGAUCCAUCUAUUGCGAAGAAGCAAAAUCAUGGAGUGCCGCCCAUUAUUACAUCCACUACCAGUGGAAACACGAUCAUCAGCAUGAAAGACCUUAAAGAAAAUCUCUCAACCAACACACAAUCAAUGGAGCCCAUUAAUUUAAUGUUCCGUUCUGAUUCGAUGGACUCUUUUUCCUUGGAUUAUGAGGACAUGUAA